AUGGCGGAUACUGUAGAUAUUCUCAAGCUGAAGCUAGCAGAGCUCAAACAAGAAUGCCUGGCCCGAGGUUUGGACGUGAAAGGGAAUAAGAGUGACCUGAUCAGCAGGCUUCAAGCAUUUCUAGAGGAACACGCUGAAGAAGAGCCCAAUGAGGAAGAUGUUCUAGGUGAUGAAACAGAGGAAGAAGAGCAAAAACCUGUAGAUGUUCCCGAGGAGAAGGAGGAGGAGGAGGAGGAGGAGGAGGAACCUUCUGGAAAACCAGGGCAAAUAGAAACCGCGAAGAAAGUGGUGAAGAUAACAAGUGGGGUGCCUCAGGCUGAUAGACUUCAGAAAAGAGCUGAAAGAUUUAAUGUUCCUGCCAACUUGGAUAGCAAAAAGGCAGCUCGUGCUGUACGGUUUGGCCUUCCUGCCACUGAUCAGAAAGGGCAGACCACAGGAGUAAAAUCCUUGGUGAAUGUUGAUAAACUUAAAGAGAGAGCGCAAAGGUUCGGUCUCAGCGUUUCUUCCGUCACAAAAAAGGUAAAGGAUUAUUAGUUUUCUGCAUGACAAAGUUUUUGUAUUUAAAGUAUAACACAAAAACAGCCUAGUUUCAUGACAACGUAAGUAUAUGACCA